AUGGCUGCCCAUGUCCCCGCCAAAUUGAAGGCGGCAGACCUCACAAGAUUCAUCGUCCGCGCAUCACAGCUCGAGAGUGCAAAGCCUGUGAUAGCAUAUUGGUGCGAAUACUGGAUUGUCAAUCAAAUCCUCACCAAAGGCCUACACAAUGGCGAUGCCGAAACCCUCGAAUAUACCACGACUUUGAUGGAUAAGCUGGAACAGAUCAAAGCCGAUAAUGCCGGAAACGAUGCCAUUAUAGACGACGUUGCUGGACAAGCAUAUGUGGAACAAUUCGCCUUGGAGACUUUCCAGAGAGCAGACAGAGCCGUACAAGCAGACAAGGUUACAAAGCAAACCGCAGACACCUUCCAGGCUGCUUCGACCUUCUUCGAGCUCAUCAAUAUCUGGGUCGCACCAGACGCCGAAACCCUGGCCAAGAUAAAAUAUUCCAAAUGGAAUGCUGUUCGGAUAGUGAGGGCCUUGAAAGAAGGAAAGGAUCCAAACGAGUCGAACCCAAAGCCCGAACCAACCCCAGAAGAAUCUCUACCAGCAUUAGAUCCCAACGAUCCAGAAGUACAAGGAUUUGGAGAGCCUACUAGGCCGAGACAGGCUUCUGUUGAAGAUGUCCCAGACGAAGCCGAUCAAAUAGAGGCACGGCUUGCGAGACAGUCUUCAAUCGACAAAUCUUUACACCCUUCAGCGCGUGGAUCUCCAGGUGUUGGUGGUUCCCCAGCCUUUGACCCCUAUCCGCGGGACGGGUUCCCGUAUACCGCUACCCAGGACGACAAUGUCUCGCCCCUAGAAUCGUCCCCCCAUGGCAGAAUUGGUUCUGUCGGUGGUGGAUACUUCCCAGAAGUCCCGACGUUCACAUCAGAAGUUCGAGGCUCUACGCUUCCUGCAGCUCCUCUUGAUGAUGUCCUCGACCUCGGACUGCCCGAUCAACCAUCGAAUGCACCCGGCACCAAGCCCUCUGCAGACUUGGAGUCUUUCCCGCCCCCGACAAUGAGUGACCAGUCUCCCCCUCCGUCGCCACAAGAAUUUUACCGCCCAGGCUCCCCACAAGCACCCUCGCAUCCACCUCCACCCAAGCAACACUACCCGCCCCCUCCUGUUCCUACGUUCCACCAAGCUCCUCCACCACAGCAGUUCAACCCAGUGCCCUCACCAAACCCAGCGACAAUUCCUGUAGCAGUUCAACCUCGAACUAAUAAACUGAACACCGACGACAUUUCUGUUGCCAAAGCGCAGAAGCAUGCCAGAUGGGCCAUUUCCGCCUUGAACUUUGAGGAUGCAGAAACUGCAGUCAAAGAGUUGAGGGCAGCGUUGCAAACGUUAGGUGCAGUAUGA